GAGUACGGAGUAGUGACCAUUGGUUGGGAUGAGUACGGAGUAGUGGCCAUUGGUUGGGGUGAGUACGGAGUAGUGACCAUUGGUUGGGAUGAGUACGGAGUAGUGGCCAUUGGUUGGGAUGAGUACGGAGUAGUGGCCAUUGGUUGGGAUGAUGAGUACGGAGUAGUGGCCAUUGGUUGGGAUGAGUACGGAGUAGUGGCCAUUGGUUGGGAUGAGUACGGAUGACCAUUGGUUGGGAUGAGUACGGAGUAGUGGCCAUUGGUUGGGGUGAGUACGGAGUAGUGACCAUUGGUUGGGAUGAGUACGGAGUAGUGGCCAUUGGUUGGGAU